CCCUUUGGCCACCCCAGCCUGGAGCGGGGCGGGGUGGGCAUGCUGGGCUACGGUGCCCUGCACCCCUUCACCCCCUUCCACCUCGCCGACGACGUCGACUGCUUCCCGGGGGGCUUCCUGGCGGGCAAGCGGCCCAAGGGCCGGAGCGGGUCGGAGCCGCCUCAGGGCUGCUGCCUGGCACUGGAGAAGGGGAUGGAGGCCCAGCGCGCCCAGAUGGGGCCGGAGCCCAUUGGCAGGGUGUCCGGGCUGCAGCCUUACAAGGGCUCCCCGAAUCCACGGCAUGCCAAGCCAGGGGAGAAGAAGCUGGAGCCGUUGGCCCUUCUGUGCCCCCUUUGCCAGAGGGAGCUGCAGUGCGCGGAGCUGGGGCAGCACCUGCAGCAGGAGAUGGAGAGACUCGCUCACCUCCUGGACAGGGAGGCCAUGACCCCGCUGGAGGAUGCCCAGAGAUUGUCCCAGUCUCCAGCGAUCUCCGCUCAGGAUGGCACAGACUCUCCCAAGGGGUCGCCGCAGGCCUACGAGGAUGGGCACAAGGUGGACAGGCAGCAGACCUUUUUGCAGGUGAAGUCAAACCGGGAGGGCCGCAUGGGAGCCAGAGCCGGCCGGUUUAAGCGGAUCAGACCCUGCCUGGAGGAGCAGGCCCAGAUGGAGGCGCCUCUCCCCACGGGCUCCAGGCUGGCUGAGGCAGAGGACGAGUUCUCUGACGAGAGCCGCUGCGGAGGGUACGAAUAUCGCAGCCUGAAGAAAAACGUCCUGGAGACGAAAGACUGCAGACUCUUGGCGGCACGGAGCAGCCCCAGCCAAGACAGCGACGAGGCAGACAUGGACUCGGAGGGCGAAGAGCUGCCUGCCUUCGCCAAGCAGACGUGCCUGUCUCCAGUCUCGAAGAGUGCCCCAGUGGAGGAGGACAGCAGGAAGCCAGGGGGCCUGGGUGCACCUGGGACGGCAAGAGGCAAGGUGGAGGAGGGGGAGGGAGACUCCACCCUCACCGUGGAGCUGCUGAAGGCUCAGAUCCAGGAGCUGCGGCGCCGGCUCCUCCGAAAGGACUCGUACAAAUGCCACAUUUGCCUGGACUCGUACUCAGUGCCGUUGACUUCCAUUCAGUGUUGGCACAUCCACUGCGAGCAGUGCUGGCUCCGGACCCUGGGCUCCAAGAAGCUCUGCCCCCAGUGUAACGCCAUCACGUCCCCGGCCGACCUGCGGCGCGUGUACUUCUGAUCUCAGGCCCAGCCCCGACGGCUGCAUCCUUCAGCAUGAGCCACGCAUCCUGUACCCCCCUAGCCCCCCACAGCAGACUGAACCGAAACUGGGAGGCUGCUGAAAUGCUAAAAAGACCUGCCUCCCAUCCCUGGAAGUGAAAGCAAAAGGAGCCACACCUGCUCCAGCCAUGGGCCGUGAUUGGCCGUGGCAGCCCCUCGCCACGGCCAGGGGGUCUGCUCUCCUGUGGCCAGUUUCCCCUUCUGCCCCCUCU